UGAAGAUAUGACGUUAAAUAUGAUUACCAAAUACGAUAAUCAUACUUCCGUGAACAAUGACGUUGAAGACUACAUGAAGUACGCAAAUUUUACAACCGAACCGAAUCGCUGGAUUUUGGAGCCAUUGGGUGUUUGGCCAUUGAAAAGAGCUAACGUCGAGGUUUCUUGGAAGGAUCAUUUUCUCCGUAGAGGAAAAAACGUUUUCUAUUAUUUUCUGAUGUUUUUUGUUUUUGUACCUUGCGUUCCUUAUGCAAUUUUUGAGAUCGAAAGUAUCUAUUAUAAGUUGAAACUUAUCGGUCCAAUGAGCUUUUGUCUGAUGGGCUUUGUCAAGUAUACCAUUUUGAAUAUCCGAGAGAAGGACAUUCGAUGUUGCGUGAAGUCCAUCGAGAUGGAUUGGAAGAGAAUAACGCAUUUCGAGGACGAACGAAUAAUGAUGGAUAAAGUUUAUACCGGACGUCGUCUCGUAACUCUUUGCCUCAUUUUGACUUACGGUGCUGCUGGUUUUUUUCACAUUGUUUCACCUUUGAUGAGCGGAAAGGUUUUUGCAUCUGCUAUAAACGUAACAUACAUGCCAGCUCCUUUUCCCGUAACUAGCUUGCUCAUGGAUAUUCGUUACAGUCCGGCAAACGAAAUUUUUAUCUUUAUUCAAUGUCUUUACGGAUUUAUGGCUCAUUCGAUCGAGGCUGGUACUUGCAGUUUAACAGCCGUUUUCACGAUGCACGCUUGCGGACAACUGCAGGUUUUGAUUAAUUGGCUGGAACACUUGUUGGAUGGUCGGGAAGGCAUGUGUUCCAACGUGGACGAAAGAAUGGCGAGUAUCAUUCAGCUACAUGUUCGAACCUUGAAAUUCAUUUCGCGCACUGAAAGUUUAUUAAAUGAGGUUUCUCUAAUCGAGGUCUUGGGAUGUACUUUAAAUAUCUGCUUCCUUGGAUAUUAUUGCCUUAUCGAAGGUAACAUGUCCGAAAGAAUAGGUUGCAUAACGUAUGGCAUAAUUCUUUCCUCCAUGACUUUCAAUAUUUUCAUUCUUUGUUACAUAGGGGAGCUACUUAUAGAACAGUGUAAAAUAUUAGGAGAGCGAACGUAUGCGAUCGAUUGGUAUCGUUUAACAGGAAAGAAAAGUCAACCUCUUAUUCUCCUAAUCGCCAUGUCGAGAACAACAACGAAAUUAACUGCUGGAAAUUUCAUGGAGCUUUCUUUGAGUAGUUUCAGCGACAUUAUCAAAACGUCGGUCGCCUAUUUAAAUAUGUUACGAACAUUGACGUAUCACUACCGAGCGGUCGUUCAAACGUCGAUCAUGGCUGAUGAUGCAUUGUGCGUACCAGGUGUACGAGAUAAUUAUUAUGAGAAUGCAAAUUUCAAUGUUCAGUUGAAUCGUUGGAUUUUAAAAUCAAUCGGUGCUUGGCCAAAAUCUUCCGAUAUAUCGUAUUGUCAGAUUUAUUUGGAUCGAUUGAGCAAAACAAUUUGUUAUGCACUUAUUAUCUUUCUCAUGAUACCAUGUGGAUUAUACUUGAUGCUUGAGGUAAAGGAUACUUACGAUAAAUUACGACUGACUGGACCAUUGAGCUUUUGUCUGAUGGCACUCAUAAAAUAUUGUGCUCUAACUGUACGAGAAAACGAUAUUCGUCGGUGCUUCGACUACAUCGAGUGGGAUUGGAAGAAAGUUAAACAUAUCAAAGAUCUCGAAAUAAUGAAGGCUAACGCAAAUUUUGGUCGUCGUAUCGUCAUCGUUUGUGCAACAUUCAUGUACAGCAGUGCUGCUUUUUAUUACAUAGCUGUACCUUUCGCAAGAGGAAUGAUAACCGAGGAGGAUAGCAACCUCACGUACAGACCUCUCGUUUAUCCGGUUGCGAAGAUCAUCGUUGACGCUCGUCGUAGCCCGAUCAACGAAAUCUUCUUUGGUAUUCAGUGUGUUUCAGGAUUUCUUGCCCAUUCUAUUACGGCCGCUGCUUGCGGACUUGCCGCUACUUUUGCUAUGCACGCUUGUGGACAAUUGCAAAUGAUUAUUUCUUAUUUGGAAAACCUGGUCGAUGGUCAUGAAAAUUCUUGCGACACCGUCCAAGAGAGAUUUACGGAUAUCAUUCAACGUCAUGUCCGUGCAUUGAAUUUCAUAUCGCUCACAGAGGAAGUGUUGAAUGAAAUAUCCCUCGUCGAAGUUGUUGGAUGUACCUUGAAUAUAUGUCUUCUUGGGUAUUACUGUAUCACGGGCUGGCAAUAUAACGAAACCAUGGGUCGUCUAACUUACAUCAUAUUAUUCAUAUCAGUUACAUUUAAUAUUUUUAUAUUCUGUUACAUAGGUGAACUUCUUGCCGACCAGUGCCAAAAAGUAGGAGAAAGAUCCUACAUGAUUGACUGGUACCGUCUACCAUGGAAAGAUGUUCGUGGCCUUGUUCUAAUCCUUGCAAUGUCCAAUACGCCGAACAACCUAACAGCAGGAUAUUUGAUAGAAUUAUCGCUAGCUAGUUUCGGCGAUGUUAUCAAAUCAUCGCUCGCAUACUUGAAUAUGUUGAGAACAUUGACCGAAUAAAAUACUGCCGAUAAAGAACGAAGACGCACGAAAAACGAUUCUUACGCUAAUCUAUGCAAGAUCAACGUUAUUAGAAUUCGAAAGUUCUCUUUCAUUGUAGAUAAGAAUGUAAAUUAGGAAAAAGCAAUGUAGUACCUUUGGAUUAUAUCUUGAUGUAGGUAAAACUUUCAAAUUCUAUCUCGCCUCUCACUCAAUAAAUUCAAAGGCACACGUGUGUCAGUCACGAAAUCGCUGGUAUCGAUCAGCGUGCCGAACUAUUAUUGUACUCUUCUUCGUAUUAAUCUUUCUACAAAAGAGUUUCGUACGCGCAGGCGUAGAGAUUAGGUAAUGUGUGUUACGUAGAGGAGGGUGAAAUUGAUGGAGCACAGAUGUU